CAGGUCAACCGGCAGCCUGGGUACCUACCGACUUACCCAGAGCUUCCACAGCUCCUCCAAGCUACCCCCACACAUCACGCAACACCUCCCCGCACCCGCGCCUUCACACCUUCAAGAUGUCCACGCACUCAGAUGGCGAAGACUCGCAAAUGCACGACAACGCGUCGCUGCCGUCCUCAACGCCGUCGACGCCUCCCGCGAGCAGCCACCACCCGGGCGGUAUUCCCACGUCUCCGCCCGGUAGCCAGCAGCAGGCCGGUCCAGGCCCCGCUACGUCUUCGGCUUCGGGGCUGGCGCACGAUCGCAUGACGGGGCUGUUGGGUCUGGCGGGUCAGGGACAGACGGGGCAGGCAGGGCAGAAUCCGACGUGGGCCGGGAAGCGCGCGCAGGAGGAGGCCGAUCAUGCUAAGGAACGCUGUGUGGAUAAGGUUUUUGCUAUUCGCUGGCUGGGUGAUCCGUUCGAUGAGAGUGAUAUGUGGAAGGUGUGAUGAUUUCAUGGCAUGGCGACGGUGUUUCUUUAGUAAUGAAUGACGAAGGGAUAUCUUUGAUUUGUUGGUAGGAGGGAAAUGACUACAA